GUCUGCGCGCGCACCCUUUAGUGUCACACGCGCCACUUGUACACGGAGGUGCGCGUGAACGACGAAGCGACGAUUUCGUCAAAACUCACGACUUAUAGAAGCAUUCAGGCCAUCAAGACCCGCUGCAUCAUGGCAGAUGAUCUGGACAUUGAGGCGAUGCUGGAGGCGCCGUUCCGAAAGGAAGAGCCCAAGAACAUCAUCUCCCCGAGACAUGAAGAACACAGCAAGAAGAAGAAGCGCAGUCGGAGUCGGGACAAGAAGAGGAGCAAGAGCCGCGAGAGGAAGAAGAGCCAUGACAGAAAACGCCGCCGCAGCCGCGAACACAAGCGCAGUCGGUCCAGGAGCCGGGAGCGCAGCGGCCGCUACCGCGACCACCACAAGGCCAGCGUGCGAAAGAGGUCCAAGAGUAAGAGUCCCGUGAAGAAGGAGCGGUCGAGUCCAGUCAGGCAGCCCAUAGACAACCUGACCCCAGAGGAGCGGGACUCCAGGACCGUGUUUUGUAUGCAGCUGGCUGCCAGGAUACGACCCCGCGACCUGGAAGAGUUCUUCUCUGCUGUGGGCAAGGUACGGGAUGUGCGGAUGAUCUCUGACAGGAACUCCCGUAGGUCAAAGGGCAUCGCCUACAUAGAGUUCGUUGAGGCCAACUCCGUUCCUCUGGCCAUCGGCCUCUCCGGUCAAAGACUGCUGGGAGUUCCCAUCAUAGUGCAGGCCUCCCAGGCGGAGAAGAACCGGGCGGCGGCGCUCGCCAACAACCUGCAGAAGGGCAACGCGGGGCCCAUGAGGCUCUACGUCGGCUCGCUGCACUUCAACAUCACCGAGGAGAUGCUGCGCGGCAUCUUUGAGCCUUUUGGACGGAUCGAGAGCAUUCAGCUGAUGAUGGACAGUGAAACAGCGCGCUCGAAAGGCUAUGGCUUCAUUACGUUUGCAGACGCAGAGUGCGCUAAGAAGGCGCUGGAGCAGCUGAACGGGUUCGAGCUGGCCGGGAGGCCCAUGAAGGUGGGUCACGUGACGGAGAGGAGCGACUCCUCCAGCGCCUCGUCCUUCCUGGACUCUGACGAGCUGGAGCGCACCGGCAUCGACCUCGGGACCACGGGACGCCUGCAGCUCAUGGCCCGACUGGCCGAAGGUACCGGUAUGCAGAUCCCCCCCGCUGCUCAGCAGGCUCUACAGAUGAGUGGCGCCAUCGCUAUCGGGGCCAUGGCUGCUGUCUCAGCGGCCAUGAAUCCAGGGAUGAACCACGGGAUGAACCAACAGAUGAACCACGGCAUGAACCAGCAGAUGAACCACGGCAUGAACCAACAGAUGAACCACGGGAUGAAUCAAAGCAUGAACCACGCGAUGAACAUGAACGCCGCCACGAUGAACCUGCCCUCCCAGCCUCUGGCCACACAUUGCUUCCAGCUGUCCAACAUGUUCAACGGCAACACUGAGGAGGCUCCUGGGUGGGACAUGGACAUCCAGCAUGAUGUCAUCGAGGAAUGUAACAAACAUGGAGGAGUCAUCCACAUCUACGUCGAUAAAAACUCUCCUGAGGGAAAUGUCUACGUCAAAUGUCCCACCAUUCCUUCUGCCAUGGCUGCUGUCAACGCUCUUCAUGGGAGAUACUUCGCAGGGAAGAUGAUCACGGCGGCCUACGUUCCUCUGCCAACCUAUCACAACCUGUUCCCUGACUCGGUCACCGCCAACCAGCUACUAAUCCCCCCUCCACGCCGGUGAUUCAGCUGCCAAUCAUCCCACCUCUAUCGACUGAUUGGACACUGGAGCGAAUAUCCCGGUUUUUGUUCUCUUAUUGGUUUAGGUGUUGAUGGACGCUCCCUGGAUGGUUUCUGGUUGAAUUGACUGAAUCCUUUGUCCUCUAUUUUUAUAAUGUCAACGAGCCAAUAGCUGGAGCAGAUGCUAGCCGGGGAGGGGCGGGAUCCCAUGUUAGGGGCAGGGUUAAAUGCAAGGGGGCUUUGCUUCUCCGUGACCAGGCUCCAGGAUUGGACGCUGUCUCAUGGAAUAGUUUGUGAUUGGUUGAAGCCAUUUGGUAUUUACAGUUUUUUAAUCAAGAUUUGAUUUUGUAAAGUUCUUGAUUCAAUUUUAUUUUAAAUUUUGUCUGUGUUAUAAUAAAAGAUAAAACAACUGGUUGGGAGCUUUUAUAACGAUGUCACUCCCUAAAGCUGUAGGAGGAAGAAGAGUACCAAGAAUUCAAAGAACCACCACUAGCGAAGAGAUCAGAGUGCUACGCAUACAUUUCUCUAAUGUCUAGCUAUAGUGAAAGAGUGUAAAAUGAUCAGCACUAUUGGUCAGUAGUUAAAAUGAGUUAGAAUAGAUCAGCCCUGUUUGUCUAAGUAUUUAUAAUGAUUUCUGGUGGACUAUAAUUUAGAUAGGAGGUGUUGGACUCCAAAUAGGAUAUAGAGAGAGGCCUCUUAAAUGAACAUUUAGGUAUGAUAUAGAGAAGGGACCGACUUACGACAAAUCUAUCAAGUUAA